GUGGCCGAAGCGCGGCGUCAGCAGUAGCGGCCGUGGCGACAGCAGCAGUGAAAGCAGCAACAUCAGCGGGGCGGCCCGGGUGUUUAUGACGGGUCGUGGUGUCUCCCGGCAGCAUGGCGGCGGACUACCUGAUCAGCGGCAGCACCGGCUACAUGCCCGAGGAUGGGCUCACCGCGCAGCAACUCUUCGCCAACGCCGACGGCCUCACCUACAACGACUUCCUGAUUCUCCCAGGAUUCAUAGACUUCAUAGCUGAUGAGGUGGACCUGACUUCAGCCCUGACUCGGAAGAUCACCCUGAAGACACCGCUGAUCUCCUCCCCAAUGGACACUGUGACAGAAGCUGACAUGGCCAUUGCGAUGGCUCUGAUGGGCGGCAUUGGUUUCAUUCACCACAACUGCACCCCGGAGUUCCAGGCCAAUGAGGUGCGGAAGGUCAAGAAGUUUGAACAGGGCUUCAUCACGGACCCGGUAGUGCUAAGCCCCUCGCAUACUGUGGGUGAUGUGUUGGAGGCCAAGAUCCGACAUGGCUUUUCUGGCAUCCCCAUCACCGAGACAGGCGCCAUGGGCAGCAAGCUGGUGGGCAUCAUAACCUCCCGAGACAUUGACUUUCUUGCCGAGAAGGACCACACCACCCUCCUAGUGGUGGCUCCGGCCGGUGUGACAUUGAAAGAGGCAAAUGAGAUCCUGCAACGCAGCAAGAAAGGGAAGCUGCCCAUCGUCAAUGAUCGUGAUGAGCUAGUGGCCAUCAUUGCCCACACUGACCUGAAGAAGAACAGGGAUUACCCUCUGGCCUCCAAGGACUCCCACAAGCAGCUGCUGUGCGGGGCGGCUGUGGGCACCGGCGAGGAUGACAAGUACCGCCUGGACCUGCUCACCCAGGCAGGCGCCGAUGUCAUAGUGCUGGACUCCUCCCAAGGGAACUCUGUGUAUCAGAUCGCCAUGGUGCACUACAUCAAGCAGAAGUACCCCCACCUCCAGGUGACUGGGGGGAAUGUGGUGACAGCAGCUCAGGCCAGGAACCUAAUUGACACUGGUGUGGACGGGCUGCGUGUGGGCAUGGGCUGCGGUUCCAUCUGCAUCACCCAAGAAGUGAUGGCCUAUGGUCGGCCCCAGGGCACUGCUGUGUACAAGGUGGCUGAGUAUGCCCGGCGCUUUGGGGUGCCGGUCAUAGCUGAUGGUGGCAUCCAGACCGUGGGUCAUGUGGUCAAAGCCCUGGCCCUUGGAGCCUCCACAGUGAUGAUGGGCUCCCUGCUCGGCGCCACCAUGGAGGCCCCUGGCGAGUACUUCUUCUUGGAUGGGGUGAGGCUCAAGAAGUACUGGGGCAUGGGCUCAUUGGAUGCCAUGGAGAAGAGCAGCAGCAGCCAGAAACCAUACUUCAGUGAGGGAGAUAAGGUGAAGAUCGCACAGGGUGUCUCAGGCUCCAUCCAGGACAAAGGCUCCAUUCAGAAGUUCGUGCCCUACCUCACAGCAGGUAUCCAACAUGGCUGCCAGGAUAUCGGUGCCCGGAGCCUGUCGGUCCUGCGGUCUAUGAUGUACUCAGGAGAGCUCAAGUUUGAGAAGCGGACCAUGUCAGCUCAGAUCGAGGGUGGUGUCCAUGGCCUGCACUCUUACGAGAAGCGGCUGUACUGAGGAUGGUGGUGGAAGCCGGGGCAGUGGAGGAGGUGCACCCCAGGAUGCCCCUUUGAGCACAGCCUCCCUCCAUAACUGAGUGGUCCAUAGAUUUGCACUACGGAUUCCCCAGCUCCUUUUCAGGGAGAGGGGAGGGGAGCCCCUGAGGGUCUGUGGCCCCUCCUGGCCCUCCCCUGCAGAGUCAGGACUGUCCCUGGGGCUCGGCUGUCCUGGGAGCCCCCCCUCCUUCAGUCCCCCUGAGCCUAGCCAGCCUGGGCUCUCAGGCCCUGUGCCUGCCUCAGGUCUUUCUCGCUGCAGCCUGCUCCGGCCUGGCCCCCACCCCUGGGGCAGGUGGCCCCUCUUGGCUUCUGAAGGGCACCUCCCUCCCCCAACCCCCACCCCAGAAAUGGUGCUCUCCUGGCCCUGCCUCUGGCCCCUUCCCGGGCUGCUGCCCCCUCAGCCAUGUGGCACUUCUGGGCUCCUGACCUAGGGCAGAGGGAGGUCUCUGCCCCCUUUCCCUGGCCCUAGGCUCUCCGGGCCCUGCUUCUCAGGCCACUCCCCCAGUUCCUGGCCCUGGGGAGGAGGCUGCCCAUCAUUCCUGGCUCCCCGCCACCCCCAAGUGUACCAUUCCUGCCCUCUCCUCUCAGCGGCAGUUGGAGGCUUUAACUUUGCACACUUUGGGGUCACAGUUGCGUCAUUGUAUAUUAAAUAACCUGAAUAAAUCAAGAGGUCUCAAUA